AUGGGUCUUAUCAAGGGAAUGGGCGAUCAUGUUGUGGAGGAGUUUCGCACCCUCUUUUCGAACAUUCUCAGCUCAGAACUUGUGAUUGAUCUGCAAGAUUCAAUCGAACGAAGGAAACUAUUCGCAAAAUUUGAGGUAUAUUGUAUGCAAUAUUGGGAUAAUUUAAAUUAUGGGACUUUGAGUGGAACAACAGAAGAUGGUAUUCCAAACGAAUUGAUUCAAAGCUUGGCUACUGCUUCAGCGGCAGGCAUUGAGUUCAGCACCGGUUAGUUUCCAAUUUAAAAUAAAAAGUAGGCCACUCGAUUACAGUUUAUUUGCAGUCGGGCUUAUGAUCGGAAUGUGUGAAUUGUUUGGAUUCGUUUCGGGGGCGAAUUUGAUAGUCCGAAUUUUGUUUAAAGUUUUUUGUUGGGUCUGUCUCUGUUUCGCCCUGUCCAAUUGUAAAACUAAAAAUGACGGGGUUGCGAAAUCAAAAAGAAACUAACGAUUGAUGUUUGAAGUUCAACAAAAAUGCAGAAAAUAAACUUAGGCAUCUCGAAUUAUAGUCCGUUUAGGUACUUCAUGGUUUGGAGGACUAUCUGAUACUGCAGGACCAUCCACAUCCCUUUCUUUUACCACCGAAUCAUCAGUGCCAUUAUGGUCAUCGUUGAUUAUAUUGGGUGGAUUUGGCGCCAUCAAUCAAGAUGUUGUUGGAUAUAUUCUGAAAAAGCUGAGAAAUGACUUUGGGUCGGUUGAUAAAUUUCUCGAAGUGUUGAUAGAGUCCGAUGAGAGGCUUCUUUGCGUCUUGCUAGCCAUACUGGAACUGCAUCGAAGGAAGUCAUAGUAAGAUUUGUUGAUAGUCUAUUAAUGUUCCUAUUUCAGUGCAGAAUGCGACUUUUGGGAUCCGCUAACUUUGUGUAUGACCAUGCUUAUAAAACUGGACUUCUCGGAAAGUGUAAGUUGACUGACUGAGAGAUAAUAUUUCAAUUUUUCAAAUUUUUGGAAUGGGUAAAUUCUGUUUGUAGAUGUUCAUAGACUGGCUUGCAUCAGAUCCCAUUUCCGUUCCAUUUAUUUUCCGAUUCUUUGGAGAGAUGGGCAAGAAUCCAGAGUCCCUUCAGAAGGCUGUAAACUCUCUUGUCGGUCUUUCUUUUGAGGAAAAUAUCAAGGAUUUCCAGGAAAUUCCGAUAAAAUAUUCCAUAAAUACGAAGGUCGGCAUCACAGAGAUUCAUGGAAACAUAUCGGUGGAGAAAGAGAUGGUCUUUGAUAAGAAAAUAAGGGUAAACAAUAAGUUGAUAACAGCGACGUCCUUGUUUUCUAGUAUGGAAAAGGAAUACUUGCAUUUCAGGCCAGAAUUACUACAAAAGAGAUCUCCGUAACAUAUGAUGAAAUUGUCGACAACUUUAACGGGAUGCUAAACAGAUUGCAAGCACGGUUAUUAAGUGCCAAUAGACAUGGGACAUUACCCAUGAAUGUUAAUGGACUGAUAAAAGUCGUAUCAAAGGUCAAAGAAUUGGGUUACGCAGGGGAAGAUUGUGCUCGUAAUGUAUAA